AUGGCUACCAAGCGAGGACCAUCCGAUGACGGCGAGAAGCCGAGCAGACGUCGUCGCGAGCAAGGGCCUAUGCAUGAUGUCGAUAACCCCGAGAUGGAGGACGAUGAUACGAAUGAAGAUUACUCGAGCAUGCUAAAUGUUCCCAAGCACGCGACAAUGGACGUCGUGUCACAAUCGCACAACUUCCAAAGGGACAGUGUGUCUAAAAUCUUUGGCAACCACGACUACACUUGGCUCCCUCUCAAACAAGACCAUGAGUCGCGACCACUGUGGAUUACCGAGGAUGGACACAUUAUUCUGGAAGGGUUCUCGCCCAUCGCGGAAAAGGCUAUCGACUUUCUGAUUACUAUUGCCGAGCCCGUUAGCAGGUAUGACGAUCAAAACGAUAUCUCGUCUGAUAUUGUCGAGCGAUGUGAUUACGAUAUUAUGCCUGUUCAAGUAACUAAGAUGAUCCUUCGACUUGAAUCUAGACCUUCGCACAUCCACGAGUACCGAUUGACGCCAUACUCUCUCUAUGCUGCCGUGUCUGUCGGACUGGAGACUGAAGAUAUCAUCGAAGUGCUGAGUCGUCUCUCCAAGGUUCCUGUUCCCGAGAGUAUCCUGGGACUCAUCCGUGAUUGCACAUUAUCAUACGGAAAAGUGAAACUGGUCCUGAAGCACAACCGGUACUUUGUCGAGUCGUCUCACCCAGAGAUGUUGCAGAAGUUGCUCAGGGAUCAGGUUAUCAGAGAGGCGCGUGUCGUUGGCGAUGAGGACGCCAGCGCUGCAGGUGGGUUGAUUACAGGAAAGGCGCCCAACGCCAAGGAUCUGACAAUUCCAGGAAUCAAGAAGGACGUCCCUGACCCCAACAAGCCUGCCAAUGGAGCUGGUACAAGUGCACGAAGCGAGGAUGAGAUCUUUGCUGUUGUCGGUUUGGACAAGGAUGACGAUGACAUUGAACCGGACGAUGUACACUCGUUCGAGAUUGGUUCCAGCUCAGUUGAGAUCGUCAAGAAGAGAUGUAACGAGCUCGACUACCCUAUGCUUGAAGAGUACGACUUCAGGAACGACACCAGAAACCCUAACCUGGAGAUGGAUCUCAAGCCCAUCACCGUGAUUCGCCCCUACCAAGAAAAGUCUCUAAGCAAGAUGUUUGGUAACGGCCGUGCUCGUUCAGGAAUCAUUGUAUUGCCCUGCGGUGCCGGUAAAACUCUUGUCGGCAUCACUGCAGCGUGUACAGUCAAGAAGAACACGCUUGUUCUGUGCACGUCGUCGGUGUCGGUGUUGCAGUGGAAGCAGCAGUUCUUGCUCUGGUCCAACAUCAAGCCCCAUCAGAUUGCACUGUUCACGGCGGAUCAAAAGGAAAAGUUCUUGGGAGCAUCCGGAAUCGUCAUCUCGACCUACAGUAUGGUUGCCAACACACGAAACCGAUCUCACGAUGCCGAGAAGAUGAUGAAGUUUCUGAGGAGUCAGGAGUGGGGCUUCUUGUUACUGGAUGAGGUGCACGUCGUCCCUGCCAACAUGUUCCGUAAGGUCUUGACAACGAUUGCCGCCCACGCCAAGCUCGGUCUGACGGCCACGCUGGUUCGAGAGGAUGAAAAGAUUGACGAUCUCAACUUUUUGAUCGGACCUAAACUGUACGAGGCCAACUGGAUGGAUCUGGCCUCUCGAGGACACAUUGCGAACGUCCAGUGUGCCGAAGUCUGGUGCCCGAUGACCCCUGCUUUCUACCGCGAGUACCUUCGCGAGAACUCUCGUAAACGCGCUCUGUUGUAUGUCAUGAACCCCAACAAGUUCCAGGCCUGCCAAUAUCUGAUCCGGUACCACGAGGAGCGCGGCGACAAGAUUAUUGUAUUCUCGGAUAAUGUGUUUGCAUUGGUCGCCUAUGCCCGCAAACUGGAGAAGCCGUUUAUUUACGGUGAGACGAGUCAGCAGGAGCGUGUCCGUAUCCUGCAAAACUUCCAACACAAUCCCCAGAUCAACACAAUCUUCCUGUCCAAGGUCGGAGAUACGUCCAUCGAUCUGCCCGAGGCCACCUGUUUGAUUCAGGUCUCGUCUCACUACGGAUCUCGUCGUCAGGAAGCACAGCGUUUGGGACGUAUUCUGCGAGCCAAGCGCAGGAACGAUGAGGGAUUCAACGCCUUCUUUUACUCGUUGGUCUCAAAGGACACGCAGGAGAUGUAUUAUUCGACCAAGCGCCAGCAGUUUUUGAUUGACCAGGGAUAUGCGUUCAAGGUUAUCACCAACCUUGAUGGAAUGGACCAGGAGCAGGACUUGGUCUACUCGACGCCUGCGGAGCAGCUGAGUCUUUUACAGACGGUAUUGCUGGCACAGGAGAGCGCAGCCGACAUGAACGCCGAUGUUGAGCACGAUGACUAUGAUUUGACUGGAAACACUGUCCGGCGCACUGGUGCUGGUGGGGGAUCGAUCCUAAGCCAUGUUGGCAGUUCUGUCGCUGGAGGCUCGAACGGAGCCAGACGAUCUGUUGGAGGCCUCAAGAGUUUGAGCGGAGGGGAUCAGAUGGCCUAUAUCGAGUACAACAAGCCGGUGAACAUGAAGGAUAAAGACAAGAACAGGGACAAGGGGGAGCACCAUGCACUCUUCAAGAAGUAUUACAACAAGAAGUAA